AUGGAAUCAUUCCAGCACGGGAUUCUUGCAUGCCAGUCUCCUGAUAGCUCGUUCUUCUCAGAGUUCCGCGAACUUUUGAGAAGUAUGCAUGACCUAUGGGAUACCUUACCAGCUAGCAAAAUCAUCGUAUCUGCUUGUGACUUUGUCAAUGGAUGUUUAAUGGAGCAGACCCCUGCAAUUAUGAAUAUGUCAAUACCAAAUACUGCGAUAUCAUGGCCUUAUUAUCUCAGGAAUAAAACAGGCUCAGCAGCCGCAUUCUACAAGGAGGAGCUCGCAGGUGAAAGAAAUAAUUACAUCCAUAACCGCGCCAAUGUUCUUCAUAAGGACGUGAUUGAAGUUUUGGAGGAUGUCGUAAAUGAGACACUGGAUGCUUAUGAGAGAGUUACGGAAGCUCUCAGAGGCACCAAAGCAUACUCUCUUUGGAUGAGAUUUGUCAAUGGAUAUAUAGCAUUUCACUACCUAUGCGACCGUUACCGACUCUCCGAUAUCAAAUCCUUUGCAAGUACACCUUGA